AUGUUUGCGGCGAACCAGAAGGAGCUGGACGUGUCGGGCCUGCAGAACCUCGUGCGCAGCAUCGGCGACGAGCACGUGGCGACGCUGCACCAGCCCUUCUCCUCGGUGGACUUCUACACGUUUGGUAGGACGUUGGGGGAGGGAGCGUACGGGAAAGUGAAGCUCGGGACGCAUCGGCUGACAGGAGAGAUGGUGGCGAUCAAGACGUUUGAGAAGAGCAAGCUGACGGAGCCGACGGCGAGGAAGCGAGUGGCGCGGGAGGUUCGCAUCCUCAAGGCCCUCUGUCACCCCAACAUCAUCCGCCUCUUCGAGGUGGUCGACGCCCCCUACCGCCAGCUGCUCAUCAUGCAGUACAGCAGCGGGGGAGACUUGUGCAAGUACGUGCGGGAGAACAGACGGCUGCACGAGAGCGAAGCAAGCCGCCUCUUCGCUCAGAUCGUUGACGGCCUCCAGUACUGCCACUCCUGCGGCAUCGUGCACAGGGACGUGAAGCUCGACAACCUGCUCAUGGAUCAGGACAAGAACAUCAAGAUCGUUGACUUCGGCUUCAGCGUCUCCUUCAAGCCCGGCCAAAGGCUCCGCAAAGCCUGCGGCUCCCCCUCCUACGCCGCUCCCGAGAUCGUCGCGCGCAAGCCCUACCUCGCGCCCUGCGUGGACGUGUGGAGCACAGGCGUCGUGCUCUUCGCCAUGGUCUGCGGCUACUUCCCGUUCCAAGGGGCGAAUAGUCAGGAGCUGUGCAGGAAGAUCAUGAAGGGCAAGUUCGAGUGCCCCACCUUCAUGUCUAGCGAGUGUCGCGAUCUUGUUCGCCGCAUGCUCAACAUCGACCCUGCCCGCCGCAUCACUUUCGAGGAGUGCAGCCAGCACGUCUGGUGCAGGAAAUCCUUCGAUACCGUUGCCCAGCAAAAGAGCAAGGAAAAGGCCCCCCCCUCUUUCAUUGACUGCGAGCUUUCUGUCGAUUCUGUCAAUCGAGCCCCAGUCAUCUCAGUCGACCAGGACCUCUUGCGGCAGGUUGUCGAUCUCGGCUUCGAUCCGCAUUUCGCCUCUCGCAGCGUCGCCGCAAACAGGCACAACAUCUGCUCCGCCUCCUACUGGCUGCUACACCACAAGAAGUCAAGAGGGACGUCAAGUUUGACAAGCUGAAAAGCGCAAACUUGAUGCUUUUUGUACUCUAGAAGAAUCUGAUUGGUAAUGGUAACUUCUUCUUUCAUGUCUAUGUAAAGUAAUGUUGUCUUGC